UGCGCCCUAUGCGCAUGGCCCUGUGCCUGGGCAGCAGAGCUACCCAGCGCAACCUCAUGCCACGGCACAUAAUUCCCCGCGUGAUCUGUCGUGACCAGACUCGUCACUAUACUCAGGGAACGCAAACCUCCAAUUCAUCCAGUCCUCUUCGUCCUUUUCAAAAGCAUCCUGCUGGAACAGCGACGCUAACUCCCUCUCCAACGCGUCCGCCAACGGCCGCGAAACCGGUUCCACGCUCUCCCAGCGCUGCUUCUCGUCCAGCGCCCGCUCCAACAGCCACUGCCGAUUCCCCAGAUACUUCACCACCUCCCCAUUCUCAUUCCGCUCUACAACAUGACCAUCAAAAUGCCUCGGCCCCAGCAUAUAAACCGGUUUCGGCUUAGGAUACACCUCCCUCUUCUCCACAAAACGCCAUCGCCCGUUCCCCGCCUCUUCGGCCGCCUGGCUUGGGAACCACGUAUUCUCAACCGUCCGCGAGAAGGGAUACGGCAAGCCGACGCCCUCCCGCCGACCAGGCAGCACGGCCUGCAUCAUGAACGCGAGCACGAUGAACACCCAGUCGCGCGGGGGGAAGGGUGCGUCGAUCCCUUGCCGCAUAUGGUGCAGCCACAACCAGUAGUACAUGCCGCUCUGGGCCAGGUGGCCCUCGUUCUCGGCGAGCUGGGCCGCGGCUUCGGUCAGGCGGCGGGCGGGGUGCGCCGCGGCGGUGAAGCGGUCUACGAUGGCGCGGGCGGCCGUGUUGGAGUAGGGUGUGUGGAGCCAGCGCCGGUGGGCCGGGCCGUACCAUGGUCGGAGGCGGGACCAGAGGGCGCGGCGGGCUUGGAAGUCGGCGAGGGAGCUGGUGAUUUCGUUGGUGAUGCUGGCGUCGGUGGCGUGGAUGGUGUUGAGGGGUGUGUUUGGGAGGAGACGGGCACGGCGCUGCUCCGUGUAGAAGCCGCGGUAGACAUUUUCGCAGGAAAAGAGGCGCGGGGGGUGGAAGGCGGCGAGGCCAUAGCGUCGGACUUGGGUGCUGUAAAAGGACUCGAGGAGGAUCGAGGAUAACCAGGCAGCAGGGAUAGCAGAGGUUGUGCUGACUUUGCCGAGCCAUAGGACAGGCUGAUUAUUGACCGAGGUGAGCGAAUCAAUGGAUGGACGGCCACUCCCUCAUGCUCAGGCCGUACUUGUAACCGCUUUUGCCAAAAGUGUCAGCCAAGGGGGCUUCGAGGAACUCGGUGCCGAAGAAGCUC